GUGUGUUUCCAAAAUGGCGGCAGCGAUGGAUGUGGAUACCCCGAGUGGCACCAACAGCGGUGCGGGCAAGAAGCACUUUGAAGUGAAAAAGUGGAAUGCAGUAGCUCUCUGGGCCUGGGAUAUUGUGGUUGAUAACUGUGCCAUCUGCAGGAACCACAUUAUGGAUCUUUGCAUAGAGUGUCAAGCCAAUCAGGCAUCUGCUACGUUGGAAGAGUGCACCAUUGCGUGGGGUGUCUGCAAUCACACUUUUCACUUCCACUGCAUCUCUCGCUGGCUCAAAACACGGCAGGUGUGUCCCUUGGACAACAGAGAGUAGGAGUUCCAAAAGUAUGAGCACUAGAAAGAGAAUUCUUCCAUCAAGCUUCAUUGUUUGUUGUUCAUUUCCUGACUUGCCCUCCAGUUAAUUAUAAAUUAGAUAGA